AUCGAUGCCAGCCCGUGCCGAUGCGUUGGUGCCAGUCCGGUCGCUGCCGGCUCUGCCGAUGGAGAGCACGGAGCUGAGCCCCCUGAUCCGCGAUGUGUGCGCGGCCCAGCCGGGCUCGGCGCGGAGGGGCGGCGGCUGCCGGGAGCUGAUGGUGCGGCUGAGCGAGGGGCAGUACGUGCUGUGCCGCUGGACUGACGGGCUCUACUACCUCGGCAAGAUCAAGAGGGUGAGCGGCUCCAAGCAGAGCUGCCUCGUCACGUUUGAGGAUAACUCCAAGUACUGGGUCCUCUGGAAGGACAUCCAGCAUGCCGGUGUCCCCGGGGAGGAGCCCAAGUGCAGCAUCUGCCUGGGCAAGAAGUCGGGCCCCAGGAACGAAAUCCUCAUCUGCGGGAAGUGCGGGCUGGGUUAUCACCAGCAGUGCCACAUCCCGGUGGCGAGCGGUGGCGAGGGCCCGCUGGGGACGCCGUGGUUCUGCCGCCGCUGCAUUUUUGCCCUGGCAGUGCGGAAAGGGGGUGCCCUGAAGAAAGGAGCCAUUGCCAGGACGCUGCAAGCCGUGAAGAUGGUGCUGUCCUACAACCCCGAGCUGCUGGAGUGGGACUCCCCACACCGCACCAACCAGCAGCAGUGCUACUGCUACUGCGGGGGCCCCGGAGAGUGGUACCUGAAGAUGCUGCAGUGCUACCGCUGCCGGCAGUGGUUCCACGAAGCCUGCACCCAGUGCCUCAGCGACCCCAUGAUGUUCGGAGACCGGUUCUAUGUGUUUUUCUGCUCUGUGUGCAACCAGGGACCAGAAUACAUCAAGCGCCUGCCCUUGAGAUGGGUGGACAUCGUUCAUCUGGCCCUCUACAACCUGGGUGUGCAGAGCAAGAAGAAGUACUUUGACUUCGAGGAGAUCUUGGCCUUUGUGAACCACCACUGGGACCCUCUGCAGCUCGGGAAGCUCACGGGCACCCCCAUCUCCGAGCGCGGCCCCCACCUCCUCAACGCCCUCAACAGCUACAAAAGCAGGUUUUUGUGCGGGAAGGAGAUAAAGAAGAAGAAAUGCAUCUUCCGCCUGCGGAUCCGCGUCCCCCCGAACCCCCCCAGCAAGGUGCUGCCGGAGAAAGCGCCCGGCGAGGGCGAGAGCAGCUCCAGUGAGCUGAAGAAGGGGGGGAAAAGCAAGUACGCCCAUAAGGACAGCCUGCAGCAGCAGAAGCGGCGAGCGCGGCGCAAGAGGGCCAAGUUCCUGCUGGAGGAUGCCAUUCCCAGCAGUGACUUCACCUCGGCCUGGAGCACCAAUCAUCACCUGGCCAGCAUCUUCGACUUCACGCUGGAUGAGAUCCAGAGCCUGAAAAGUGCCAGCUCAGGACAGACUUUCCUAUCGGAUGUGGACUCCACAGAUGCCACCAGCACCUCAGGCUCGGCCACCACGAGCCUCUCCUACGAGUCCAGCCGCAGGACCGUGGGCAGCCGCAAGCGCAAGCUGGCAGUGCCAGCCUACGCCUCGGGGGCCAAGAGGAGAGGGGGCGAGCUGGGCGGGCGCCCCACGGCCACCCCCGAGGGCAGCGAGGCAGCGGCCGGCCCCGAGCGCCCCGACGGCGGCAUCGACAGCCACACCUUCGAGAGCAUCAGCGAGGACGACUCCUCGCUGUCCCACCUCAAGUCCUCCAUCAGCAGCUACUUCGGGGCCGCGGGCCGGCUGGUGUGCGGGGAGAAGUACCAGGUGCUGGCGCGGCGGGUGACGCUGGAGGGGAAGGUGCAGUACCUGGUGGAGUGGGAAGGCACCACCCCCUACUGAGCCCCGCCAGCCCCCCAGCCUCUCCCGGAGCCGAAGCGGAGGAGAUCGGGCUGCUGGGGAAGCCCGCGAGGCACUGGAGAGGGGCUGGCAGUGCUGCCCAGGAAUGAAAGCUGAAGCCCCUGAUAUUCUAUUUUUCGACAUUCUAUUUUUCUAAUGUUAACAAUUUUUAGUUCCUUGGCUGUGUUUAUGCAGUGAUGGAGGCCGGUGGUGCUCAGGGCAGCGAUGGGGUCUGGCCCUUCCAGAAGGGUCCCCAGCUGGAGCAGCUGCUUGGGGGGCCCCCCACACCCUGCUCACACAGGCACAGCCUGGCUCAUCCUGGUGUCCCAGCCUGACUGAGCAGCCUCGAGGGGGUCCUGCUGCCAAAACACGCACCCCUCCUCAUCCCUGGGCUCUCACAGCUCAUCCCUGUGCCCUGGGGACAGCUCUCAGGGUUUUCCACCUCAUCUUGAAGAAGAAGAUCCUGAAUCAAUUAAUUAAAGGAAUGUGGUUUGUUUUAUAUGAGAGGAAAAUGCCCCAAAACCAGCCCACUGUGGCUGUUGCAGCCAUGGGGCAGAUGUGCUCUCACCCCUCAACCUGGACUGUGUGUGGUGCUGCACCAGCUUCGUUUCCCUGUUCUGACAAUCAUGAUCUUGGAAGGG